AUGAAGAUAGUGAUAAUAAGGGACAUUAUGGAUACUAGAUUGAAUAUGAGUGAUAAGGAUAUUUCUCUAGAAAACUCGAGGAAUGAUUCGGUGAAGACACCUAAAAAUGUUUAUACUCUAGCAGAUGUUACACCCAAGUUUGAAAAAAUAUGGUUUAAAUAUCCUUGGUUGUUACAAUUGAAUAUUUUUCUUUUAGGAGGUAUUUUGGCUCAGGUUACUUCUGGAUAUGAUGGUAGUAUGAUGAACAAUUUGCAGACGCUUCCAAGUUGGAGAAAUUACUUUGAUCAACCAACGGGAAGCAUUUUAAGUACUAUGGCUAAUGGUGUUACAAUUGGUACCUUAAUUUCGAUUCCAUUUACUUGGUUUGUAUGUGAUUAUUUUGGUAGACGGAUAACGAUUAUGUUCGGCUGUAUUGUUGUCAUUAUAGGUGCAGCAAUUCAAGGUGGUGCGGUGAAUUUUGGAAUGUUCACGGCCGCGAGAGUGCUACUUGGUAUUGGUUCAUGUUUUGCAUCAGCAGCUGCUUCACCCUUGUUGGCUGAGACAUCGUAUCCAUCUCAGAGGCCUGUCGUGACAGCGUUGUUGUUAGCAUCAUGGCCAUUUGGAUCUUUUGUUGCUUCUGUAGUUACUUGGGGCCCUUAUCAUUCAAGCAUGAAGUAUAAUAAUUGGUCCUGGAGAAUACCCUCUAUUUUGCAAUGUGCUUUCCCUGCAAUUGAAUUAUUACUUGCUUUUUUUGGUCCAGAAUCACCGAGAUGGUUGAUCGACAAAGGCAGAAGUGAUGAAGCUGAAGCUUUUUUUAUAAAAUAUCAUGCUGGAGGCGAUUCGAGUAGUCCGUUAGUGAGUUAUGAAAUGGCCGAAAUAAAAGCUAUUAUCGAACAAGAAAAGGUCCAAAAAAAGAGCAAAUGGAGUGAAUGGUUCAGGACAAAACAACGUCUCCGUAGGUUGUUUAUUGUUUUGGCAGUCCCAGCAAUGGCACAACUAUGUGGAAAUGCACUUAUUUCAUAUUACUUGCAAAUAGUUUUGACCAAUAUUGGUAUCACUGAAACAAAUGACCAACUUAAAAUUAAUAUUGGAAUGACAGUCUACGGUUUAGUAUGGUCUGUUGGUUGCGCAACAUUUGUCGACAAGUUCAAACGUAAGCAUACUUUUAUUGGAGGCUAUAUCCUAAUGUGUAUUACAUAUGUUGUUUGGACUAUAUUAUCUGCAAUUAAUCAACAGGGUGAUUUCGAAAAUAAGGGUCUAGGAAGAGGUGUCGUUGCUAUGAUUUAUCUUUUCCUGGGGUUUUAUCAUAUUGUAUCUCCUGUAUCUAUGACUUUCGUUAUGGAAGUUUGCCCUUUCCAUUUGAGAGCACAAGGAGCUACUCUCUAUCAACUUUCUGGAAAUGUAAUUGGUUUCUUUAAUAAUUAUGUGAACAACAUUGCGAUGCAGGCUAUAACUUGGAGAUACUAUAUUGUAUGGUGUAUCUGGCUAGUGGUGCAAAUGAACAUCGUAUACUGGAUAUUCCCAGAAACUAAAGGUUUGGGUUUAGAAGAAGUUGCCCAAGUAUUCGGAGAGGAUGUAACCGCCGGCUACAAGGCUGGUGAUCAUGCACUUGAAUACGGAAUUGAGGAGGUAAACAAAGAUGAUGUGUCUGUUGAACACAUUGAAGAGAAAGUAGAUAAAAACUAA